UGAGAUUUGAACUCUUGGAUAUUGAAACCAAAGUCCGGUGUGGCGGGACUGUGCGGAAUCGCGAGGUUCAAACUUGAUAAUGGACCAGAGUCUCGAUGAUAUUAUCCAACAGAAGCGCAUCAGAGUAACUAGAGGUAGAGGUCGUGGACGCGGUCGCGGUGGCGAAUCUUUGCGAGGUGUCCGUCGUGGUGGAAUCGCGCGGCGAAACACAAAUGGAAUGUCACGAGCCUUACCUGACAAGUGGCAGCACGAUAUGUUCCAAGAUGGUCGUAGCCCCAAAGGAUCUGGUAAUACAGUUGGAAAUGCAGCGAGGCUUCACAUUUCAAACUUGGACUUUGGUGUUAACAAUGAUGAUAUAAAUGAACUUUUUCGUGAGUUUGGUGCAAUUCGAAAGGCUACUGUCCAUUAUGAUAGAAGUGGUCGUUCUCUUGGCACCGCAGAAGUCGUUUUCGUGAACCCACUUAGUGCAACAAAAGCCAAAAAUCACUACAAUGGUGUACCGCUUGAUGGGCGCCCAAUGGUCAUUCAGUUGGUCGGUGCAGGUUAGUCAACACAGUCAGCCACGUCGACCAGGAAAUCACUUCCGUAGCAACUGUUGACUUCGUUACCAUUCAGUGAUGUUCCACCUUGUUUGGGAAGAUAGUGCUUCCAAACUGACGUGCUGCCAGUAUAUGUUUUUGUUGUUUUCUAUUGCUGGAAUGUCUAAAACUUGUAAUUCAUGGUGUUACCAACUAUGGACCAAACCCACUUUCUCUCGGGGAUUUUCACCUGCAUCAUUUUUCAAAUGGUUGGACAUUGGCGAGGAGCGUAGUGGAAUUCGCCGUUGUCUCGUGGUUCUGGUAUUACCAUAAUCAUGGGCAGGGAGGUUUCCUUAGUUUUUCUUUAUUUUGUGGGUUUGAUUGAGUGUUGUCACAUGGGCACACUUGAUGCCUAUCAUAUCAUGUGUUCUGCAAAAAUAUCUGCCAGAAGUAUAACAAAUAAUUGAGCUUAAAGUUCUAUAUUGGUACUAACGAACCUGAACCACGCAUAUAAUGAACUGAAGUUAAAUUUCAUUUCAAUAAUAAAAUGGCAACAGUUUUGAUGUUAUUAAAGACUCACUAAUUGACGCAUAUUUUAUUCCUCAAGCUGUUGAAACUACUGUAACAUCACGUCCCCGCGUUACUCGCCCUCGUGGUUCACCGAUUCGUCGGGGUUUCGGACGUGGUCGGGGUCGUGCACGUGGUCGCGGAAGAAUUCAGAAACCUACAGUUACUAAGGAAGAAUUAGACGCACAGUUGGCUGCUUAUAAUGCUCAGCGUGCUUGAUCUAUUCUCACAACCUCUUGUUUUUGGAGUAGACUCGACAAAAUCUGUCAACUCUCCAAAUCUCUUGUCCCUAUUUAAUCUCUGAACUUACCUUCAACUCGUUCAAUACUAGAAUUAUCCACCUCUGAAGACUGUUCAGUAUUUCCAUUUGUCUGCUCAUCUAGUUCAUCAUCGUCUUCUUCGUCACCCUCCUCCACUUCAUCAUCAUCAUGAUAGCAUAAAUACUCAUUUCUAUAACUCAUAUCAUUCCACGAUGCAUUUUUUCGCACGAUUCUGCCACUAGUAUUGUCAUCUUUAAUUUUUACAUCUGAUAAAGUUUCAUUAAUUACUGAAUAACUAGAUGGGAAAUGAUAUUUACUAUUACUACUUAAUUUACAAUUACAUUGAAAAAUUUCACUGGAACUUCCAAAUAAAUGUAGAUUUUC